UAAGGUGGCCAUUGGUUGCAAAAGGUUGCAACAGGUUAUUUUAAAGUGGAUGACAGAACUGGCAUGUCAGUAUCAUUUUUGCAAUGAUAAUAAACUGACUACACUCAUAAUACAUUAAAGUGUGGCCUAUGAAAUUAUUUUCUAUUUAAAAAUCAGAUAUGGCCAGUUUCCUAUGAAAUUAUUUCAGAUGUAGGCAAUUUAUAAAUGAAUUUAUUUCCUUUUUUAAAAUCAGACGUGGGCAAUAUCUGGUGGAAUUAUUCCCUAUUUUGAAAUCAAGGCCAGUUUCCUAUGAAAUUAUUUCCUAUUUCAUACUCAAGUAUGGGAAAAACCUUGUUUGCCUGAGGUAUACAGUUCUUUUUAUGGCUGAUACCCCCUCAUAUGAGCACACACCCAGCGAAACUGUGGUCACACACUGUUCCGUUAUGCGGAAGCUGAGAAAUAAGAAACACCCUUUUUUCACACAAUUGCGCCUACAUGCAGCAAAACCACACCUUGGGUUGAAGCGAGUCAGAGGGAGAGGGAGUAGGGUGAAGUUGAUGACACUCAGAGACGGCGAGGACACCAUCUGGUAGUGCACACAUUCAAACACAGGAAAGGAUGGCAGCGUGGGAUCUGUCAGUCACAGUGGAGGACUUGGGACCUGAUGCCCCACCCAUCAAAAUCAGCGUCACCUCUGACCUCCACAUAGGUGGAGUCAUUUUAAAGGUUGUGGAGAAGACAGGGAUGCAGCAGGACUGGUCAGAUCAUGCUCUUUGGUGGGAGCAGAAGCAGCAGUGGCUUUUGCGGACCUCCUGGACGCUGGAUAAAUGUGGGGUCCACGCAGAUGCUCGCCUCAUCUUCUCCACCCAGCACAAGCCCCUGCGUCUGGGCCUUCCUAAUGGGGUCAUCCUGAGGCUCCGCGCCUGCUUCUCCAGCCCCGUGUUCCGCACCGUACAGGGCAUCUGCAGGGUCCUGAACAUCCGUCAUCCUGAGGAACUGUCUCUCCUGCGGCCCGUAGAGGAGAAAAAGAAAAAGAAAGACAAAAAUUCUGCAGAGGACGAGUAUGACCUCACAAAUGUGCCACUGACCUCAGUGUCCGUUCCAGCUCUGUACGACGGCAUGCCAGCUCAUUUUGCAGACUCCCCUAAAACUGAGGCCGUCUAUAGGAUGCUAUCUGUCUCCCAGCCUUCUCCUUCUCCUGAGAGCAUUGCUAAACUGUACCGACCAGCCAGCAAAGUGGACAAAACACACAUCCACACCAGGUGGCUGGAUUCAUCACGCUCUCUUAUGCAGCAGGGAAUACAGGAAAACGACAAGCUGUGGCUUCGCUUCAAAUACUACACCUUCCAUGAUGUGGAGCCUAAGUACGAUGCAGUGCGUUUGACCCAGCUAUAUGAGCAGGCACGCUGGGCUAUCCUGCUGGAGGACAACGACUGCACUGAAGAGGAGAUGAUGCUGUUCGGAGCCCUGCAGUAUCACAUAGGCAAGCUGUCUCUGUCGCAGGAAGUGGGCUCCUGCCAGGGCAUGGAGGACCUGGAGUCUGCCCUGAAGUCUCUGGAGGUCAAGAUGGUGGGAGAGAAUAACAGCACAGAUGUGCUGGAAAACAUGACCGCUCCGGAACUGAAUGACUACUUGAAACUCUUUCGGCCCAGAAGACUAACUCUGAGGGAUUAUAAACAGUACUGGUUCAAAUUUCAGGACACGUCUAUCUUCUAUUACAAAAGCAAAGAGGACAGUUAUGGAGAGCCCAUCCAGCAAAUGAACCUGAAAGGUGGUGAGGUGACUCCUGAUGUGAAUAUAGCAGGACAAAAAUUCUGUAUCAGACUCCUGAUCCCAGUGCCAGAGGGCAUGAAUGAAGUUUACCUGCGAUGUGAGAAUGAGAAGCAGUAUUCUGAAUGGAUGGCUGCCUGUAAGCUGGCCUCUAAAGGCCUGACCCUGCUGGACAGCUCCUACCGGACUGAGGUCAAGAACAUCCAGAUGUUUUUGUCCAUGCAGCGCUCCAACUCAUCUGCCUCCACUCCACAGACUGACGAGAGCAUCAAUACGCAGAGCCUCGUCUCACCUCGCUACAACAAAAAAUACAAGGUCAAGCAGUUGACUCCACGUAUCCUGGAGGCCUAUCAGAAUGUGGCUCAACUCUCCCUUACGGCGGCCAUCUUAAAGUUCCUCCAGAUAUGGCAAACGCUUCCUGACUUUGGCAUUUCCUAUUUCAUGGUCAGGUUUAAGGGGAGCCGUAAAGAUGAGGUUCUGGGUAUUGCCAACAAUCGCCUAAUCCGUAUUGACCUGGGAGUGGGAGAUGUAGUGAAGACGUGGCGUUACAACAACAUGAGGCAGUGGAACGUUAACUGGGACAUACGACAGGUAGCCAUUGAGUUUGACGGGAACAUCAACAUUGCCUUCAGCUGUACAACUGCAGACUGCAAGAUAGUACAUGAGUACAUUGGUGGCUACAUCUUCAUGUCGACACGUUUGAGAGAGCCCAGCGACACCCUGAAUGAGGAGCUCUUCCACAAGCUCACCGGGGGACAUGAUGCUCUCUGACACCCACGUAGAGCAGAGGGUCACGAGCAUUGAAACUCCACCAGCAGGAUUACUGUUAUUUUUGAAUGUACUAGUACUACAUUAGCUUUAUCCUAUUAAUUGAGCUUUAUCUGAUUUCCAUGAAAAGCUGUUACAGCUCGAUGAAAGGGGUUGGAAACCUUGUUGAUGAGCUGCAGUGCAGGUGGGAUGUUUGUUCAAGACCUGUGACCUACAAGUCAUGAUUUAAACAUUGUUCAUCACUGUCAUUUUUUGGUUUUACCACAAAGUUCUGGUCAGUGCACCCUUUAAACAGACAUUUGUAUAAGACAUCAGUGACACUUAUUAUUUUAUGUUUCACUCCUUGGAGUAAAAUAUGCAGCUUUAAUGUAUCACUUCUUCAUGUAUCACUCUUAGCACAAAGGAAUCAAAGACUUUAACAUUAACAGAACCCUUUUUGGUGCACAGAGCCAUUGUUAAAAUGUUCUUAUAAGAACAGAGGAACCUGAACCACUUAACCAUGCAAAGAACCAUCUGUGGAUUCAAAUGGUUGUCAUCAACUGACAGGUUUGUGCCAUCUUAAAGGGGAAGUUUACCUU